AUAGUUCUUGUAAGACUUCAUCACUAUGCUUAUUGCUUCCAAAAUGAAGCUACCAUUCUCACAUUUUGUCUUCUUUCUCUUGUUCAUUUGUAGUUGUCACUCCAUUUCACAUUACUCACUCAAGAAACAAGCCUCAAUUCUUGUUUCUUUGAAACAAUCUUUUGCAGUCACUAAUCACCCUUCUUUGGUCACUUGGAACCUCUUGCAUUAUUCCUCACUUUGCUCAAAUUGGACCGGAAUCGUCUGUAACAACACAACAUUCUCCAUAGUCUCUCUCGACAUAUCAAAUUUAAACCUCUCUGGCAUUCUUUCACCUGUUAUCAAUCAACUACAUUCACUAGAAAAUGUCACAGUCCCUGGAAAUGGUUUCUCGGGUCCAUUUCCUAUCAAGAUUCAUGAACUAAGACGACUUCAUUUUCUCAACGUAUCAAGUAACAUGUUCAAUGGAGGUCUAGAGUUUGAUUUCACAACAUUAAAGAAUAUUCAAGUUUUUGAUGCUUAUAACAAUAACUUUUCGGGUUCACUUCCUUUAAGUAUCACCAAGUUAACAAGCUUAACUCACUUAAACCUUGGUGGGAAUUACUUUUCGGGAGAAAUUCCUGCAUCUUAUGGAGAUAUGAAACUGCUCACAUUUCUCCAUUUGGGCGGUAACGACUUAAAGGGUUCGUUACCAAGGCAGCUUGGAAAUCUGACCAGUUUAGAACAGCUUCUUUUGGGUUAUUACAACCAGUUUGAUGGUGGGAUUCCUGUUGAGUUUGGAAAGCUAGUGAAUUUGAUUCAUCUUGAUCUAUCAAACUGUGGACUAGACGGCGAAAUCCCAAAAGAAGUAGGGAAUAUAACAAAGUUGGAUACUUUAUUCUUGCAGACUAAUCGGUUAAUGGGCUCAAUUCCUUCUGAACUCUGCAAUUUGGUUAGCUUAAAGAUUCUUGAUCUUUCAAAUAAUCAGCUCACUGGUGAGGUUCCUCCAGAAUUAUCUGCUCUAAAAGAACUUAAAACCUUGAAUCUUUUUAUGAAUAGAUUACAUGGAGAUGUCUCCAUUUUUGUUGGAGAGUUACCAAAUUUGGAGGUACUUAAUCUUUGGGAUAAUAACUUUACAGGUAGAAUUCCUCCAAUGUUAGGAUAUAAUGGUAAACUUGUACGUCUUGAUCUUUCGACUAACAAGCUUACAGGAAGCAUUCCAAAGCUUUUGUGCUUAGGAAGAAAGUUGGAAACUUUGAUUCUAUUCAAUAACUUUCUUUUCGGGCCUUUACCAGAUGAUCUUGGUAAGUGUAAGUCACUUAGCAGAGUUCGAAUGGGUCAAAACUAUCUAAGCGGGUCGUUACCAAAUGGGUUCUUGUACUUGCCAUUGUUGUCUCUAGUUGAGUUACAAAACAACUAUUUGGCAGGAAAGUUACAAGCAUCAAACACAAAUCCAUCGAAGUUGUUAGCCCAAUUGAAUCUUUCAAACAACCGUUUUUCGGGUACUCUUCCAUCUUCUUUUGGGAACUUCUCGGGACUCAAGAUUCUUCUCUUGAAUGGUAACAAGCUCUCGGGUGAGGUUCCAUUAGAGAUAGGUUGGUUAAAGAGUGUACUAAAGUUGGAUUUGAGUAAAAACAAUUUUUUUGGUCCAAUCCCACUAGAAAUCUCUCAUUGUACUUCUUUAACUUACUUGGAUCUUAGUCAAAAUGAACUCACAGAUUCAAUCCCUUCUCAAAUGUCACAACUUCACAUACUAAAUUACCUCAAUGUCUCAUGGAACCACUUGAACCAAACUCUGCCUAUCGAAUUUGGCUCCAUGAAAAGCCUCACAUCGGCAGACUUCUCUUAUAACAACUUGUCUGGUUCAAUACCUGAAACUGGUCAAUAUUCUCUUUUCAAGUCCACAUCUUUUGAGGGAAACCCAAAUCUAUGCGGGUCGUUUUUAAAACGCCCAUGUAAUGACUCGUCGUCUACAUCACCUUUACUAACCAACCAUCAAGCUGAUUACAAAACCACAAAGGUUCCUGCAAGAUAUAAGCUUCUUUUUGCUUUAGGACUUUUAGUAUGUUCACUUGCAUUUGUUAUAUUAGCAGUUAUCAAAACACGAAAGAUAAGAUCAACAUCACAUUCUAAGUCAAAAUGGAAGCUCACCGCGUUCCAAAAGCUGGAAUUUGGUAGUGAAGAUAUCUUGGAAUGCUUGAAAGAUAAUAACAUUAUCGGGCAAGGUGGUGCAGGUGUUGUUUACGGUGGAACAAUGCCAAAUGGCGAACAAGUAGCAAUUAAGAAAUUGGGAACAAGUAAAGGCAACAAUAACGCCGGUGCACAUGACAGUGGAUUGUCUGCAGAAAUACAAACAUUGGGAAGUAUUAGGCAUCGGUAUAUAGUGAGGUUAAUGGCACUUUGUUCGAAUAAGGAAACAAAUUUACUUGUGUAUGAGUACAUGCCUAACGGUAGUUUAGGUGAAGUCCUUCAUGGAAAGAAAGGCGGGUGUGUUCUUAAAUGGGAUACAAGGCUUAAAAUAGCUAUCGAAGCUGCAAAGGGUCUUUGUUACUUGCACCAUGAUUGUUCACCUCUUAUUAUUCAUCGUGACGUUAAGUCCAACAACAUCUUACUUAGUUCAGAUUUUGAAGCACAUGUAGCGGAUUUUGGACUAGCAAAGUUCUUGCAAGCAGAUGGUGGUGCAUCAGAGUGUAUGUCUGCUAUUGCUGGUUCAUAUGGCUAUAUUGCUCCAGAAUAUGCAUACACAUUAAAGAUUGAUGAGAAGAGCGAUGUUUAUAGUUAUGGAGUGGUACUACUGGAGCUAAUCACAGGGCGAAAGCCGGUAGGGGACUUUGGUGAAGACGGAUUGGACAUUGUUCGUUGGUCGAGAAUGCAAACAAAUGGGAAGAAGGAAGAAGUAGGGAAGAUCUUGGAUGAGCGGCUUAAGAAGGCUCCUAUCGACGAAGCAAAACAAGUGUUCUUCGUGGCAAUGUUAUGCAUACAAGAACACAACGUCGAGAGACCAACCAUGAGAGAGGUGGUUCAAAUGCUUGCACAAGCUAAGAAACCCAACACAUUCCAAAUGCAUUAGUUUUGUAUCCAUUUUGAAAGAUUUGGAAUUGAGUAUAAUGUAAGUGUUGAUUAGAGGUUAUGAAAUGAAGGGGUGUUAAUGCAUAUAGACCAUCAAAAACGAAUUCAUUGAUACGUUGAUUUAAGAUAUCGUAUUGAAACUAAUGUUAUAAAACCA